UGACAAUAAUGACAAAAGCAGUAACUGACUAGUAGAAAUAUUCGACUCGCAGCUUACCCGCAGCUUUUCACAUUCGGGGGUUCAAAAGACAUGCAUCUGUCUUUAAGUAAUAAAACCGGAAGACAAAUUAUUCUGAACAAAUCCUAGUAGUUUGUGCGAGGUAAGCUCUUUAUUUCGUAAUCAUAAUAAAUAAUCAUGCAGUCUUUUAUUAUUACAAUUAGAGUUUUGGCAACAGAUUCAUCUACUCCUUAAACAAAACUAUAAUUCGUUGUGAUCAUGACGGGUAAACGAUGCGGUGAAAGCGCCGUCGAAUUUACGGUUGCUAUCUGAAUGAAUUGGAAGUUGAACAUUCAGGAGAACGUCUGCAAAUCCAUUUCCAAAAAUUAAUAUAUAAUCAUGGCUGAUUUAACAAACACUAGUGAAAGAAAAACGAAUUCACCUAGUGAAGUAGAUUACAGUUCUGUCGAUACUGAUGGAAGUCUUCGAAUAAAAAUUAUAUGCCUUGGAGAUAGUGCUGUGGGAAAAUCAAAAUUAUUGGAGCGAUUUCUUUUAGAUGGAUAUAAGCCUCAUUCACUCUCUACAUAUGCUCUGACAAUGUUUAGGCAUAAAACAAAAGUUGAUGAUGAACCAGUUUUAGUAGAUAUUUGGGAUACUGCUGGUCAAGAAAAAUUCAAUAAUUUGCAUCCUUCCUAUUAUCACGAUGCUCAUGCUUGCAUUAUGGUAUUUGACAGUACUAGGAAACCAACAUAUAAAAGCCUUACAAGGUGGUAUACUGAGUUACGAGAAUAUCGUCCAGAAAUACCUUGCCUUUGUGCUGCAAAUAAGAUAGAUGCUAAUCCUUCUGUCACAAAGAAAUCUUUUCAUAUACCACAAAGAUUAAAAAUGCCUCUGUAUUUUGUUUCUGCAUCAGAUGGAACAAAUGUUGUUAAGCUUUUUAAUGAUGCAAUUAGAAAUGCAGUGUUGUAUAAGAAAAAUCCCACAGACUUCUUUGAUAAAGUUAUGCAAGAACUAGAAGCUUUCGAUGCUGGUAAAGAUCCAUUUGAUGCAAGUAGUAAUUCAUUUGAUAUAGGCAGCGACUCUGUAGAAAGUUCUAAUACGGUAUCUGAAACUAGUUCUACGAAAUAAUGGUUAAUAGUGUUUACCAUUUUAAAGGACUUGUGCCUUGUCAUCACAUCAUGUGAUAGAUAAUCUGUGAUUUUUUACUAAGUUGUGUCAUAAUUGCAUUGUGUUAAUGUCCAAUUUUAUUAUUUUCAUAACAACAGACAAAGAUGCAUAUUGAAAGUGGCUGAAUAUCUGUUAAUUGUAUUUUUGUGAAAUACUCAUUAUCAUCUUUUAACAUUGCAAGCUUGUGUAGAAAAUUUGAAAUUUUUGAAAGAUAAAUGGAUUGUUUAUAAGUGAAUUUUUUGUAUUAUACUGACUUCAGAACUGUUUAAAAGGCUUCAUAUUAAAUUCUCUGUGUAAGUGUAAUGAAUUAUUUUGUAUUGUAAAAUAAUUUGUCUUCACUUUAUCGUGGAAAACCGUCCUAAAAUUUUUAUUCAACACUUUUAGAUAUAGUUUAUUAAAAUUCAUAAGAAACAGCUUUCUUGCUGUAUAAUUAAAAUUUUAAUUAACAGGUAGAGUGUACUUGAAAUAUCAAUAUAUUGUUCCUUCGGUUUGUUAUGGACUAAAAUUGGAGAAAUUACAAACUAAAAUUGGUGUUCGGAAUGCUUCAUGUAAAACUGCAUAUUAGCGGUAAAUACUUUGUAUGCAAUUUGAAAACUUUUAAUACAAAUAUGUAUAAAAAUUAUAAUUGUGUUGUUCCAUUUUGAUAAAUCAUUAACAAUUAUAUGGAAUGAAAUAGCUUGCAUAUCUUAUUCAAAAACAGAAGUAUAAAUGUGGUGAUUUGCAAUAUAGUGUCUAUAAUAUGUAUUUUUCUAUAGUUCAUUUAUUUUUUGUGUCUUGUUUAUCUUAGUAUUUCAUGAAUUAUAGAUUUAUCUGAAGUUUAGCAUUCGAAAAUUAUAAUAUUUGUAUAAUUCAUAAUAUUCAUUUUAAAAUGCUGUUUAGAAGUUAAAAUAAGAGGAAAUAAAUAAUAAAUACUUAAUAAAUUAAAUAAUUAGUAUUUAUUGGGAUGAAGCUGCAUUUUAUUGUAAUAAUUUAAUAGUGAUGAUUUAAAUUUUACACGUAUAAAUGAUUUUACUGACUUUCAGAACAUUUUCCUGUGAGCUUUCAGUGUUUAUAAUAAAAGUGGAUAUGUUCAAUGCUUUUUUAUUUUUUAAUUGAGUGAUGUUCAUAUUUUUCAGCAUUCAUAUGAGGAGUUUUUGUGAAAUGAUAGCUGAUUAAUUAUGGCAGUAACCAGGGACACAUAAUUUAGCAUUUUCAAAUAGAAACUGGUUCAUAUAUAUAUGUUGUGCAUGUUUAACAUGGGAAAAAGAUAUGAAAGUAUGAAAGAUGAAGUAUAUUUUCAUUUUUUUUAUCGAGUACUGUUUUAGAAAAUUAAAUCUUUUUCCCCAUAAAGUAUCUAAUUUCGGAAAGCGUUCUUCUUAUUUGGAUAUAAAAGUACUUUCAUAUUAGUGGAAAUCAUAGUUUGUCGGUAUUUGAAGUCAGCAAGUUACCAACAAUGAACCUAUUCCUUUUUCUUUUUCAUCUGUAUCAUCAUUCCUCAGACUGCUUAGUUCCAUCUUGUCUUCAUUUAACUGUGGGAAUAGUUCAUUAGAUCUUGUCAGUUUGCAAUGAUCUGCUUAUUAUCAGAUGUAACCCUUCAGGUCUUUUAUACUUCUUUAUUUAUGUUUUACAUGUUCUAAAUCUUUUAUUUCGAUAGAAAAUCGCUUGAUAUAUACUGAAUUUUACUUUAUAAUAAAUGGGAGUUAUAAAGAAUGAAAAUUUAAAACCCUUAUGCAGGAAAAUUUAAAUACGUAGAUAUGAAGAGUGCCUUUUAGUUACUUAUGUUUCAUUAUAACCGUAAUUUAUUCUUAUAGCAUAUGCUAAUCUGGUAAUUUAUAGAUUACAUGAAUUGAAACUUUGUAAAAUGAGGUAACAAUGGCUCUGUAAAAUUAUUUCACCAAUGUUAUAAUCCGUUUAUAAAUAUAAACUGACUAGAUUAUUUGUAUUUAAUUUGUUAAUUAUGCAUUUCUAGUCAUUUUCACAGAAGUUUAUAAUCAUAAUCAUCAGUUUAUAUUUUUAGAGAUUUAUUUUAAACUGGAUUAUUAUUUACUGUCAUGCCCAAUGUAUUUUCUAGUCAUAAAUGUGUGAAGAUUUCUGAUGGAUUAUUUUUAUUCACUAGCAAUGUGAGAAUAUAAGUAGCAUAUAAUUUUGUAGUUGUAAUAUGCAUUUAAUAGUUGCGCUUUGCUUCUUACCGAAAGAAAGGAAGACUAAUAGAACAAUUCAUUUAUUUCAUUGUGCAAUGAAUUGAAAUAAAGUAAAUGUACACUGGCAGGAAAAAUGAGCAAAACAAGGAAAAAGGUGAUUAAUUUUUUUAAAAAAAAGUUAAAACAUUUUUGUAAGACCCUUUAUUUCGACCUUUAAAAUAUUUUCAAAGCAUAAUGGCUGACUUUUUAUAAUUAUAUUUAAACGUUUAUCAUUAUAUUUAACUGUAUAUCCAUGGUUUAUAAAUGAAGCAUGACUUCAGUUAUAAACCAUGAAAAUACAUUCUUGGUUUUGUGGAUAGUUUUAGUAUCUUAUGUUAGUAUCCAUAAUCAAAAUACAGUUUUUGCAAUGAAUUUUAUACUUUUUAUUAUAUUUUGUAGUAGUGCAUGCAGUAAGAAAACAUUUACACUAAAUCUUGUUCUGAAGCUCCAGCAGAGUAUUAAAUUGACAGCUGCAGUGAUACAAAUGUAAUGCAUAAGUCAUAUUCAGUUUCAUUUAAAUAUAAUGUGCAUGUUGCCCAUAAGUCUGAUUCUUUUGCUUUCAAGAUAUUCUGACUUCAGCUGCUACAUUCAACAUAUUCUGCUCCCAACAUGGAACCAAUCAUUAUCAUCCAUCAGAACCAAUUAUCAACUUCUGAAUCUCUGAAAAGCUUUACAUGAUGAUCAGAAUUUAAUGUCGCAUUUUUCAGAAGUGCAGAUCAAUGAGUCAUUCAAAACGAUACCUGCAUGAGUAUUUCAUAUAUAUAACUAACUGGAAUAAUAGAAUUUUCUAAAGAAAAUCGAGACUGUUCAACAAAAAGGCAUCAGCCAGUCAUUGCUACUUCAAUCACUAUACUAUAUGCAUUAUUUUAACUUGGGUUCUUUUUGCAGCCUGAGCAGGUGAAAGACAUCGGUAUUCUUGUUUAGAGACCUCUUUUAUACAGUUUUUUUUUUUUUCACUCGCAGUGUAUUAAAAUAUUUGAAAACAUGCAUGUUGGUAAUUCCCUUAUUAUAUGUGAUACCAUCAUUUUCUCAUUCCUUUUGGUAACACAGCCUAAGAAUCUGACAUAUUUUGAGUUACUUCCCCAUUGUACUGAUAGCCUUGGCAUCAAGAUAUAUUAGUUGUGUCUUUGAGCCAUUUUCAGGUUCUAGAAAUGAUAUUCAUAGGUAUUUCUCGAUUUCCAUAUGCCUAUUUCUAUCUAACCACAGGCUUUCCUUUUACAUGCCAUUUCCCCCAAUUAGUCAUGUACUUUCUUGUAUAUUUCACCAUUCUUGAGUUUUGUAAUGUAUUACUCUGUCAUUGUUUUGAAUGAACCAUUUGAUGACAUGUUCAAGCAUUGCAGAAAGUAUAGGUAAUUUGCAUACCAUUGUAUUGCAAAGUGAACUCUUUUAAACUGUUCUAUAACAUUCACAUAAUAUAACUGACCUACCAAAUUUCAUUGAAUUUUAUCCUUUGUUACUAAUGGCAUACACCUUUUUGGCACACCUUACAGCAGUCAAAAUUUUGAAAAUCUUGUAUGAUUAUGCUUGGAAUAACUAAUAUCAUUUACUCUUGCUAAAACACAGCAGUGCCUAAUAUCAGAAACUUAAACAUGGAUCCAUAAAACUGCAGUUAUUGGCAUUAAUUACUUAGUGUAGGAUAAACAUGGCAUAGGUUCAAAAUAUAAUUUACUUCAAUUAAUAAAGUUUUUCCCAUAAGACAUGGUCAACAUUAAAUAAAAUAAACUGUGUAUGAUUACUACAUUUCUUAGUAUAUUACUAAAAAUAAUACAGAGGAUUGCUAAUUAAAGGAGGGUAAAUUAACCAGGUUGUCUAUAAAAAGUGCUUAUUUUGCUUUAAUUUACAUAACCAGAUGAACUUCUUGAAAAUACAGGUAAAUUUACAAUAGUACAGUCAAAAGUCGUUAAUCCGGACUCGACAGGACUUCGGCGAUUCCGGAUUAUCGAUUUUUC